CAGCGACAUACCAAACACUGACUCUCGCAAACCGCAACCGUGAGUGAGUGAGUCGGCUUCAGUCACACUUACUUGAAUCAGAGCAUCAGCGUUUUUGGACCCGGCAGUCCACCAUCGACCCGACGGGGUUUGGGCUGUCCCGCCGGCAAACCGAGUUUGUCAACUGAAUCAAACAAUCGCGAUGGAGCCAACAGAGCCAAUAGAGCCCGCAGGGCCAAACGAGCAACAACACCCCCUCUCCGCCUCGGACUCGUCGAGUCCAGCGCCCGACGAGGCCACCGUCGAGAUCACCAUCAAGUUCCCCCCGGAGAAGCAUAACCAGAAAUGGGUCUUCUCCCCAGCGGACACGUUUGAGCACCUCAUCAUGAGCCUCUCGGUCGAGUUCCCCUCCUACGACUGGUCCAAGGCCAAGGCCCUCCCGGAGAAGCGCCGGCCCGGUCUCAAGUCCGUCUACACGCCCGCCGGCGACUCCAACGUCGCGCUCUCCGCCCUGGACAGCACCACCCUCCGCCUCCUCGCCCCGCAGACCUCCGCCCUCAGCACCCUCCAGGCCCAGCGCGAGGCCGCCGCGGCCUGGCAAGCCAAGCGCGCCCUCGCCCGCGCCCGGUACGCGCGGCCGGCGUCGGCAGCAGCAGCGCAGCGCGUAAGGACCAUCGAGGACGCGAGCUACACCUUCCACACCCUCCGGCCGCUCCCGCACCUGCCGAACCCGGGCCGCAGCCUCGCCUUCCUGGAGCGGCUGCGCGACGACCCGGGCGUGCGCGCGGCCAUGCGCAAGCACCGCUUCUCGGUCGGCCUGCUGACCGAGAUGGACCCGGCCAGCCACACGGCCGCCUCGCAGGGUGGGGGCGGGGGUGUCACGCGCAUCCUCGGGCUCAACCGCAACCGCGGCGAGGUCAUCGAGCUGCGCCUGCGCACCGACGCCUACGACGGCUACCGCGACUACCGCACCAUCCGCAAGACCCUCUGCCACGAGCUCGCCCACAACGUCCACGGCGACCACGACGCCGACUUCUGGGCCCUCUGCCGCGAGAUCGAGCGCGACGUCGAGCGCGCCGACUGGAAGCACGGCGGCCGCACCGUCGGCCCCGACGAGUACGCCCCCGAGAGGCCGGACCGGUUUGGCGGGGAGGGCGAGGAGGAGGAGGGCACGGUGGUGGACCACGGCGGCUGGGAGGGGGGCACCUACGUCCUUGGCGGUGGCGCCGGCGGCGGUAGCGGCGGUACCGAAGGUCUGAGCGCGCGGGAGAUCAGGGCCAGGGCGGCCGAGGCGAGACACGUUUCACCAGAUCUUGUUGUGCCGCGCCCACCUUCAAAGCUCACCGUUAUCGUCGACUAG